AUGACUCGUAGUGAAGCUGGUCACUUUGUGCUUUAUCGGCAUUCUCCUCCUAAUUUAUGUAUUUAUCUAGUGGUUUAUACUGAUGAUAUUGUUAUUACUGGCAAUGAUCGGGAUGAUAUUAAUAAUCUGAAGCAACACCUCUUUCAACACUUCCAGACAAAGGAUCUGGGCAGAUUGAAGUAUUUUCUAGACAUUCUUGAGGAGACUGGAAUGGUGGGCUACAGACCUGUUGACACUCCUAUGGAUCCGAAUGCUAAGCUUCUGCCAGAACAAGGGGAACUUCUUAGAGAUCCUACGAGAUAUAUGAGGUUGGCUGGUAAAUUGAAUUACCUCACAGUGACUAGGCCUGAUAUUUCUUUUACGGUGAGUAUUGUAAGUCAGUUUAUGGAUUCUCCUUGGUAG